CCCUGUAUUUAGUCCAAAGUUUCGAAAGAAGUCAUGCUUGCGCUACACAAUCUUCGGUCAUGCCACGGUAUGCGUUGUACAGUGCUACUGCUAGUGCCACUGCGUUUAGGCAUGGUAGUGAAUCUGGUGUUGGAAAAUUCCUGCUAACUGUAACAUUGUUACGAUCGUGAUGAGAAGUCACCCAGCUGCAGCUGUCAUGGCUAGUACGUUGUCUGUCGGAGUAUUGGCUGCAUGCCUCAUCACGACUGCUGGAGCACCCACUGCUGUGCCCUCAUGCUCGAACCUUGCCGAUGGUACACCCCAGUUCUAUGAUGAGCAAAAUCAGCAAUGUCAUCCUUGUGAAAGGUGUGAUCCGGGUGAAGGUUUAUCUGAGGUGUGUGGUGAUGGCCUAGGUAAGAAUGCUCAGUGUCUGCCGUGCAAGGAAGGCACCUUUUCACCUGUCUCCCGCGCCCAUGUGUGUGACUCCUGCCGCCUCUGCGACAACACCCAAAAUGAUAAGAUACCUUGCACUCGCACUACAGACCGGGAAUGUGGCCCCUGCAAGCCUGGAUAUUUUCGUCAUGAUGAGCGCAAUGAUCACUGUGUGAGUUGUGCUGAUGAGCGCCACAUCUACCUCUAUCCAGACUGUCUCAGGUCAACAUCUCCACCAGCCGGGGAGGACCCUCACAACAGAGGUCUUCGUAACCUGACAUCUUCAUCACCUAGUCCUAUAGGAAGUCCUCUGAGAAGCCCUUUCACCAUUGUCCUCAUAGUGAUACUUGUAAUUGUCGUUGUGGUGGUGGUGGUCAUAGUUGUGCUUACUGUAAAGUUUUGUCCCCCAAAAUGUGUCCACAACAAUGCAACAACAAGAGGGUCGCCAACAUUGGAAAACAACCGCACAAGAGGCUCAAACAACUCUGACCCCCAACCAGAGAAUACACGCUUAAUAACACCAGCUCCUGAUCCCUCCCAGACCACACCAACCGGUGAAAGAACACAAAGAGCCAUACCAUUUGAAGAACCACCCACUGAUGAUGACAACGAGGCUGUUCCAAGCGUGCCGAGUUCCGUUUGUGAUGAAGGACAGACAGACAACGAUGGAAGUGAUGAUCGGAGGGGUUCCAACCAGUCAUCAGCGAGUAAUACCACACGGGACAGCUCCACACUGCCUGGUGGAGACCCCCAGGAUAAGGAAGCCAAACGAAGCCAAUUUCUGGAAAGGUUUCAGCAAGCUAAGAAGUACACCAAAGAUGUUACCAUUUCACAGAUGCACAGGGCAGAUAAAGAGUUACUUAGGGACCACAUGCAUGAAGAUCCACAGCGGCUCCACAUCUCUACAAGAUUUAACUUUGUCCGUUUUGCUGAGCUUUUCGACAUUCCAGAAAUGGAGGUGCGGAAAAUGCAUUCAGCCCUGGAUGUUUUAGAUUACCUCGCAGCACACAGGGAGGUUGAAUUGACCGUGCCAGAGUUAUGUCAGAUACUGUAUGACAGUCAUAAGUGUUGUCAUAUUGUGCGAGACCUUGUUAAUGAAAUUAUCGAUCGAGUUGAACAAAAAUUCUCUUGAUGUUUGAGAUGAUAUUUUCCCAAUUACUUAAUUGGUAGACUGUGCAAAAGAUAUGUGUAACUUGGUGUAUAUUAUUAGUACUUGUGAUAUUAUUAGUACUUGUGAUAUUAUUAGUACUUGUGAUAUUAUUAGUACUUGUGAUAUUAUUAGUACUUGUGAUACAUCUGCUCCGGAGCCUGAGAGUAAACGAUCGCACCAUGAACUUCUAGAGCCCUUGCAUGGUCUUGCUUACGAGCAUUUUCGUAGUUAAUUUUAUAGUUAAAGAGAUAGACUGCUUGAUUUUUAUAUUUUUUUACUUUUCAUAUGAUUUAUUGUUUCCCCUAAGGCUGAGGUCAUCCGAUGAUUUCUGCUAUUGAUAUAGCAGAGGGGUUCUACAUUUUAGUUGAGUUUUUGGCCCGUAAAUGUUUUAAAACCUUCAGAGUGAUAGCAAAUGAGGGAAAUCCCCUUCUUUGAUCUUAAUCUGGAGCCUUUUCCAAUGGCUUCUAACUGUCAUUGACACCUGAACUAUCUCAAAGAAUUGUGGUACAUAUAGCAGAGGAUAUGACCACAAGUCACAGAAAUUAAUGUUCAGUCUUAUGGGCUGUACACAUUAUGGUGUCUCCAGUACCUGUACUGCAGUGUAAGAUCCAUCCUUGCAGAGUAUGCAAUAUCCAGGUUUGUAGUAACUGACUGUGCAUAAAGUGUUCAUGUGUCUAAUUCACACUUGCCUUAAUGCCGUGCGACUGCCAUAAGUGAAAGAUCAGUUUUUGCACAGACUUAACUUUAAUGUGCUAGAAACAAUUCUUUAGAGAGUAUAUUUCCCUUUUGGUUUUCUUAAGCAGUCAUUAAUUAAAAGUGAAGACCUUCCUACACAUAAUCGAAUUUAAGGGUUUCAGAAGCAUGCCACAAUGAAUGAACUUCAGUCUUUAUUUUAAUUUCAGUGACAAUUCAACCGUUGAAUCUAGGGAAUAUCAUUGCUUGUACAUGCUGCUCCAACACUGCACAAAUGUGAUAGUAACUUAGUAAGUAGAUAGUUUGAAGAGUAACCAAAUAUCUAAAGCAUUUCAAAUGAGUUGUUGAUAAGCUUGUAUAAAGGAUAUAAUUGCUUUGGUGUACCAUUUAAUGGUGUAAUCAAAAUAUGUUUGUUUUAGAAGUAUGGCUAGUUGAUAUCAGAUUAAAUGUUAAUGUUGCCCUGUUGUGCCAUGAAUAUCACCAGGAAUUCUGACAGGUUCAUGAAAUGUUUAGGGAAGGACAUCUGAAAUCAUAGCAGUCUUACUCUUAGUGUGUUCAUUAUGUGUUCACUAAUUGUGAAUCACUGCCAUUAUGCAAUAAUCAGUUUCUAAACUUGGCAGCUUGGAUUCACAAACAUCUUUGCCAUGAUAGUCUGCGAUUGUUUAAAUAAUUCAGUGUCUGAACUUUUGUACAGUUGGUCAUAUCAUGAUAGUGUUUUGAAAGGGUGAGAAAUACAUUUUCAUGUAAUUGUUUUAACUCUCUUUGGAAUGUUUUACAAAGUCCAUAUUUGCUUGAUGUUUUGCCAAAUGACGGUCAAAAAUAGCAGUUACCUGCACUGCUGUUUGAAUUCAUGUGGGUUAGAAUUUACACAAAUUAAUAAACACCUAAGGUAAAUUGAAAGCCAGCCGUCCAAAAUGUUUGAACCACUUUUAAAAACAAGUAAACAGAAAAGAAAUCAAAAUGAACAAGAGAAAUGGGACUAACUGAAAUGAGAUUGUUGAUAAACUUUCGUCCACUGGGUGCAAGAAUUCUAGCCGGGGACCAACAGCAGCAUUUUUGCAAGCUAAGUAAGGACGUACAUGUACAUGUGUACAGUAGUAUACAUUAGUUGAAUUUUUGCUUCAGUCAUGUACUGUAGAGUUGACUUGGUUAUAUGUACCUUAUCCCUACAUAGCUUUUGCGGCUGAUUGGUUCAACGUUUAGGAAUAUGACUCUAGCAGGGAAUUCUAUGCCUUUUAUGCUACUUGUUUCUUACCCAGAAACAUUAAUAUGGACAGCCAAUGUUAUUCACACAAUAUACAGUACUAUAUACUUCCAUUUCAGGAAAACUGCACUCUGCAUGUUUAACAAAGGAUGUUUUGUACUCACUUUUAAAUCAGUACUGAAAUAAUGUGUUCUGAUGGUUUCAUAUUCUUCUAUGAAUCAUGUAUAUAUUGUGUAUAUUUACUUCCAUCAGUUUGUACAUUUUCUACGGCUUAAUACAGCAAUAAAAUUGCAAUUUACUCAGAUUCGGCUGCAAGA